UGAAAGUUGGAUGUUCAGAGGAGCCUUCGAAGGGAGCAGGGGCCAUGGCAUCCACUUUUUGCAGCUCGGACCUUCCUGAUGUUGGUCUACUUGCUUGAGAAGCGCAAGGUCUUCACAGGGCACGCGGACUAAAGCGUGUGCCAACUAUGGCGCUGCGGGGUCUAGCCGCUCGGUAUCUGUUCCGAAGGUCUUCGUAUGCGCCUCCUAAAGAUCCGGGACCAAAGAAAUUGUUUGGCCGUAGAGCAGCUCUGGCGGGCGUGUUGUUUGGGGCGACCGGUUAUCUUGUCUUCAGCGAGCAGUUGCCGGAGUCAGCCCCGCUCAAAGACACGCCCCUCGCUGGGAUCCGAACAGGAGGCCAGGGCGUGCUGAGGUCAUCGAGGGCCAUCCGAGCGUUCGUUCUCAACAGCCUAGACUACAAGUAUACGCUGCGGGACAUGGACAAGAUGACCGAUGAGUACGACGAGCUUCGGGCUAAAGUACAUCAACGUUCCGCCAAGCGGAUCCUCCAGCUGUGCGAAAAGAACACGGGGACGUACGUCAAAGCGGGGCAGUUCCUAGCAUCGUUGCAAGGGAUCCCCCGAGAGUACACGCAGACGUUGUCGGUCCUGCAGGACCAAGCCAAAUACCAGACGUUCGACAAGAUCGACAAAGUGAUUGCGCAGGAGUUAGGCAGCAGCGCGACUGAAAUUUUCGCCGAGUUUGACCCGGUUCCAAUAGCCGCGGCAUCUCUAGCGCAAGUCCACCGUGCAGUGCUCAAGUCUACCGGCCAGGAGGUGGCUGUCAAGGUGCAAUACCCCGGGCUACAACAGCAGUUUGAGACGGACAUUACAACCAUGCACGUCCUCUCCAAAGCCAUUGCCUGGUUGUUUCCUGAGUAUCAGUUUACGUGGCUUGUACCCGAGUUCCAGAGCAACUUGCAAAAGGAGCUCGACUUUCACGAAGAGGGCAAGAACGCGGAGCGGGCAGCGGCCAACUUUGCGCACCGAAAGGACCUCAAAAUUCCGGAAGUGCUGUGGGAUCACACUACUAAGCGCGUGCUUACGAUGGAGUUUGUGCACGGCUGCAAGAUAAGCGAUCGCGCAGCCAUCGAGCGGUUGGGCUUGAACGCGCAAGCGGUGUCGAGCCUCCUCGUCGAGAUCUUUGCCGAGAUGGUGUUCUGCCAUGCAUGGGUGCAUGCGGACCCCCACCCCGGCAACAUCCUCGUCCGGCAAGUGGGGACGGCUAAGAAGCCCCGGGCAGAAAUAGUGUUGCUGGACCACGGACUGUACCGUCAAAUCGACGAGCGAUUCCGCGCGGACUUCUGCCAGCUGUGGCGCGCCCUGGUGCUACAAGACCGGGCGAAGAUGAAAAUCUAUGGGGACCGGCUGGGGGCCGGCGACUACUACAAAUACUUCCCGGUGAUAUUCACCGGGCGCUCGUUCAGCAGCAAGUCGAAGUUGGGCGAGGGCAUGAGCGACGCCGAGCGUGCGGCGCUGCGUGAGGAGGUGCGCGCGUUCACGAUGGGCGACCUGAGCGCGUUCAUGGAGCGGCUGCCACGUGACAUGCUCACGGUGCUCCGGACAGACGGUUUGGUUCGGUCGAUCGGUCGGGCGUUGGGAGGAGACGUGCGCGAGCGGUUGCUGAUCAACAUCAAGUACGCCAUUCUGGGGGCCAAUUUGUCGCGGGGGGGCAAUCCAGACGCUCAGAUCCGGUCAUGGACGUCGUCAAUUCGCGUAAAGUACGAGUACGCCCAAGUUCGGCUACGGAUAGCUCUCGUGGAGUGGGUAUUGCGCGUCCGAACCAUAUGGAGCGCUUUCAUGUCAAACUUCGAGAAGACCGUCAAUACAAAUAUGCAAGCUGCUAGAAUAGAGAUCUGAGCCCAGGUAAGGUUGCACGCGAUUAAUCAUGGCCCACUGACAAUGAGUUAGGUCAAUUGUAGGUCCGAUUUCACCGCAAAGGUAAUCCUUCAUAGUUAUUCUACAGGUGCAGCUAGUUGGAUAUUGUGCAAGCGCAAGAUGCUUGAAAGAUUACAAUUGACAGAGCAAGAGUUUGACGUAAGUUCGACACUAUCAUAGACUUGACAUCAUUCGAACAGGACAGAAGGCUUUCGCCCUGUACGAGAUUCAAGCAGUACCUCAGCGUCAGUUUCGGCAUUAAGUCCGAACCCAUGGAAUUUUGUACAACUGCUUAAUUUGCUCAUAUCAUGGUUGCC